UCAAUUUUUAACAGAUAUUUUGAAUGUUCAAAUACUCCAGUCGCACUUUAUCUUCAUUCGCAUUGAAUUAAACGGUUAAGAAGAAUAUCUAUUACGAUGGCUGUCGUUUCGAAAAAAGAUAUAGAAAUUUUAACCAAACAGGUAUUGUCGCGAAAAGAUGAAAUCCUUGAAACGAUAAAACGCGAACACACAAACAUCGAUCCAACACUUUUGCCCGAGAAUUUCAUUCCAAAGUUUGAAGAGAAAUUACGCGAAGCUGCAGAAAAGGAGUGUGCAAGUGGUGACGAUGAUAGUAUUUCAUUGGAAGAUGUCGAGAAUAUUUGUCAUCGAUUUGAUGUGUUAGAUAAAAAGCUAUCCGAACCAAAAGCAUCAACGUUAACCACAAGUAAUGUUGGAAACACCGUUGCACACAAGGAAACUCGUGGACUUAAACGCUAUGGUUCGAUCACUGAUAUAAAUAAAACUUUACAACGUUCGUCAUCGUUACUGAAUUUAAAUGCAACUAAAAUGUUUGCUGAACCAAAAGUACCGGCACGUGAUAAUAAACCGAUUUUAUCCAGUGGUAGCGAUACGCUUACUCAGUCCAGUGUAGACAACACAGUUAUACCAAAGAAGAUUUCAGCCGCUCAGUUAGCCGAACAUAAUAAGAUUCUCGAUGAAAUUCAACGUCAAUCCGAACCAAAUGGCUAUCUGUCACAAUUACGUGACAUCGGUGAAAGUUAUAAGAGUUCUUUUGGUCGCUUGAAUAAUUUUUUCAACGAAGUUCAACAGGUUCAGUCGAAAAAAUCAGCAGACACAGAGUCGAAUGUUUCAUUAGAUGGUUUGGAUGAAGAGCUAUUGAAUAAGAUGAAAAUGUUGUCACAGAAUUUAUCACAAGUUCGAUUUAUGGCUGAAAAUAAGCAUUUGUAUAAUGCAGGCGGCAUUGAAGAUACCAAUUCUCCAUUAUCAGAUGAUUUGACAGACAUUUUAGAGCAUUUUUAUCGAAAUAAUUAGAAAGUUUUCAACGAAUCAUCAUGCAUUUGCAGGCCAUAUGGGUCAAAGACCCUACGUUAAAAAAUACAUAUAGAAUAAAAAAAUAAGUAAAGUAAAUGUCCAUUUUUCAUAGACGCAGAUCUCAGGACAUAGUAUAUUUAAUUCAAUAUUUAUCUAUUUAAUUAAGUUUGGCAAUUUUUCGAAAUUUACAAAUAAAGAAACCCGUUGAAUCGAUAA